GCAGUGGUUUGGCCGUCGCAGACUAAUUUUUCGCAUACCCCGCUUGGAGAAGGGUCUAUUCUUUUGAUUCGAGGGAAGCAUCGUUGGACCAAGAGUGCUCAGAUACUUUUGUUCGAACAUUAUAUCGUGUUUUCUGUCCUCGAAAUCUAAUGGCUAUUUACGCACUUCACGUCAACGACUGACUCGAGCGUGUGCGAAUACAUUUUAGUGAGAACUGUGCGAUAAAACGAACGUCAACCGGAUUUGAAAGCCCCACUAACACGAGGAGCAUGGUGAGAGACUGGUUGUCAACAAAAACUUUUCUCUUCGUAAACGUAUGCGAGGAUGCUGUUUAGCUAAUGAAUGUAAUCGUUGCCACCCAUUUUAAAUCGGAAGUGAAGCUAUUUCCUUCAGGAAAAAGGUUGAAAAGUAGCAUUUUGCAUGUGGAGGACAAGAACUUGAAGGUGGAAAAAAAAAAAAAUUGUAACGUUACACGGUCUACGCGUUGUGCUUCGUUUCAUCUAUCAGAUUCAUUGGAACCAAGGGUGAGAAAAUGCGUUUUGUGAGCUCAUUGUUAUGUUGUAAACUUGAAGAAACCCGAGAGAAUACGACUCUGCAUCGUUUGUGUUUUUUAUUUGCUGUCCUUGUUUCAAAUUCAGCCUGUCCUGACAAAUGCGUCUGUUUCGCAUCCACGGUCAAAUGUUUGAACCAGGGCUUAUUCGCGGUUCCACAGCCAUUGCCAGCAAACACUAAAACCCUGUUCAUUACUGGGAACAACAUUUCCCAUCUCACAGCUGUGUCUUUCCCUGUGCCACUUGAGCAGUUAACAGACUUGUAUCUCACAGGAAACCAGGUGGAGCUGGUGGACCACAAUGUAUUCAACAACUUGCCAAAUCUCAGGCUGCUAGACUUGAGUAACAACAGGAUUCUGCAUUUUAGUGCUCAAGCCUUCCCCGAUGACAACAAACUGCUGGACCUUAACCUCAGCAGGGCUUUUUACAACCAUACUUCCAUGGAUGAGCUCUUCAGUCUGCUACGGAGUGGCGGAGCCCUUCAACUUACCCGCUUAGACCUGUCCAACAAUGACCUGGUGAUCCUCCCUGAGGACAUGUUCUCCCGCCUCUCCAACCUCACCAUCCUCAACCUACAAAACAACUCCCUCAUUUUCAUCCAGAAUGGGACGCUGAGUGUUCCUCGGCUACGUGAGUUAGACUUGAGGGACAAUGCCCUGAGGGAACUACCCAACACUACACUGAUGGACUUAAGCCUCCAGCCUGGGCUUCAGGUGCAUCUGGCAGGAAACCCUUGGCUCUGUGACUGCAAUAUCGAGGACCUUGUGGCCUGGCUGAAAAGCUCUGAGCAGGUCACAGACAAGCAGAAUAUGACCUGUUCUGACCCUGAGGUUCUGCGCCAGUUACCGUUGCUCCAGAUCAAAGAGUUGGAGUGUACCUUUUCAGGUGAAAUGAAAGGUGUGCUGGAGACCUCGUAUGUCUUUUUGGGCAUGGUGCUGGCUUUGAUCGGAGUGAUCUUUCUGCUGGUCCUCUACCUCAACAGGAAGGGGAUCAAGCGGUGGAUAUACAAUAUUCGGGACGCAUGCAGGGACCACAUGGAGGGCUACCAUUACAGGUAUGAGAUCAACUCGGACCCCAGGUUGGCCAACCUCAGCCUCAAGUCAGACAUUUAAGAGGACUGCUAUGUAAGCCAGGGCCCCACAGUGACUGAGGCAUUAUGACUUGUUAUGAGCAAGAUAUACAGGAGCAACUCUUUAGUUCCGGAGUUUUCCAGCCUGCCUGCAACCCACUCCACGGUACUGUCCAGACUUCUACACCAGUCAUGACGACCCACAAUCUGCCACCACGCAUGCCCUUGGCCCCUGCAACGCAGUGUGUGAUUAUUUGUUUUUACUCCUUUUCAAGCAGUUCAACAUUCCAUGCAUUGAGAAUCAUGACUCAGAUGGGGUUUGUGAGCGGGCUCUCUGUAAUAUAAAAUGUUCCCUUGAGCAAAAAAAGAUGGUACGUAAAACUCUUAACAGACUUAUUUUGACUGGUAGUAACUAGGCUAUAUACACACAUCUAUAUCCUUUCUGCUGGUUAUAUUUUAAUCACAUUUUUGUUUCCACUUUCCUUUACACUGCACAGUGUUGCUAUGCUUGUUUAGAUGUCUUUAUUCCUUUUUAAUAUAAUGUGAUUAUGAAAGCACUUGCUAAUUUAUCUCACUCGUAUUGCACUUGUUCGGUGGACAUUAUCAACAUUUUUUAUGAUGUACAGCUGAAUAAAAUGUAUUGCGUUGCUGUU